CCCGCGGUCGCCCGCCUCGGCCCGGGCGGCUCAUUGUGGGCGGGGACCGGGGGCGGCGGCGGCGACGACGACCUCGUUGUCCCGGGAGCUGACGAUGGGCAUCCAGCCGAGCACCGCCCUGUUGGCCUCCCUGGGCGUCGGGCUCCUCUCCCUGCUGGGCCUGGCCCUGGGCUCCUACUUGUUGCGGAGGACCAAGCGGGCCCCGGUCACGCUGCUGGACCCCAACGAGAAAUACCUCCUCCGGCUGCUGGACAGAACGACCGUGAGCCACAACACCAAAAGAUUCCGCUUCGCUCUGCCGUCUGCUCGCCACGUCCUGGGACUGCCCGUGGGGAAACACGUCUACCUGUCCGCCCGUAUCGACGGCAACCUGGUCGUCCGGCCGUACACGCCUGUCACCGGUGACGAAAACCGGGGCUACGUGGAUCUCGUCAUUAAGGUCUACCUGAGGGGCGUGCACCCCAAGUUCCCUGAUGGGGGAAAGAUGUCUCAGUAUCUCGACGGCCUGAAGAUCGGUGACGUGGUGGAGUUCCGGGGGCCGAGCGGCAUGCUCACAUACGUUGGAAAAGGAAAGUUUGACAUCCAUCCCAACAAGAAGUCCCCAGCAGAACCCAGAACGGCCAAGAAGUUGGGAAUGAUUGCCGGAGGGACGGGGAUCACCCCGAUGCUGCAACUCAUCCGGGCCAUCUUGAAGGAUCCUGAAGAUACGACCCAGUGCAGCCUGCUCUUUGCCAACCAGACAGAGAAGGAUAUCAUCCUGCGGGAAGACUUGGAAGAGCUGCAGGCCCAGCACCCCGAGCGCUUUAAGCUUUGGUUCACUCUGGAUCAGCCCCCAAAAGGUUGGAGCUACGGCCGGGGUUUUGUCACUGCCGAUAUGAUCCGGGAGCAUCUGCCCGCCCCUGGAGAGGAUGUGCUACUGUUGCUGUGCGGCCCACCUCCAAUGGUGCAGCUGGCCUGCCACCCCAACCUGGACAAGCUUGGCUAUCCCCAGAAAAUGCGCUUCACUUACUAACCGCCCUCGUCACCACCCCGUACCGGUGACCCUUUGCUAUACACCCUGGGAGAAGAGAGCCAGCCCAAUCCGGACUGAAUCAUGGGCAGAUGUUUUCCCCCGCGUCCCUAAAGGCAUCCGGGAAGGAAAAACUUGAGGCGUACCUCCUCUCCUUUGGCGUGAGGUUGUUCGCGGGAGGGGUGGGGACAGGGACAGACAAACACCCCAGGAACUCCAGGCUCUUCUGACAGAAAAGGAACUGCUGCUGGGGCGACUGAGUCGGGAGUCUGAAAGUCUCCAAGGUGAAGUCAGUUAAUCAAUCGAUCAGUCGUACUUAUUGAGUGCUUACCGUGUGCAGAGCACUGUACUAAGUGCUUGGGAGAGUUCGUUAAAACAGAGUCGACAGGCGUGUUCUCUACCCACGAGGAGCUUACGGUCUAGAGGGGGAGGUGGAAAUUAAAAUAGGGAUACGUACCUAAGUACUGUGGGGCUGAGUACGGGAGGGUGAAUAAAGGGUACAAAUCUACGUGCAGGGGCGACGCGGAAGGGAGAGGUAGUAGGGAAAUGAGGCUUAGCCGGGAAAGCCUCUGGGAGGAGAUGUGAUUUCAGUAGAGCUUUGAAGGAGGGGACAGCGAUGACCCCGGGGUUCGGGAAGCAAAUACUCCUGGCCAUAUGCCAACUUGCCAUUGAGACCUUCUUCCCCCUCAAGGAUAUUUAGGAAAGGAUAAUUGAGGGAAGGCCGAAGACAAGGUAGGGACACUGCACUUCACUGUCAUUGCUUUAGAAUUUGGGUGGAGGCAAAAAGCAGAGAGGUAAAUGAGGCUACGGCUCUCUUCGAUCCCACUCCUCUUCUUGCCCAACUCUUAGAGGAAAAGGAGUCUGGGGGCAGGGGGGAAGUAUGUGUAUGUGUGUCUGAGUAUGCGUGUGUUUGUUUCUCUAUUAUUCACAUCACUCCGGUACCCUUGCCCCCGGCCAGCGGGGAAAAGUCCCACACUAUCAUUUUCAUCCUCCAGCACUUCCAUGGACAUGUAAGGAGUCUCUGGCUAAAGAAAUAAAUGGGGUCCAUUUCCCCUAAAUGUCA